AUGGACCAAACCAACCUUCGGUGCAUCAUUUGCCCCAGGAAGCCCAAAUUCUGUGACCUUUCUCAUCUCCUGACCCAUGUGGCUUCAAAGGCUCAUCUGGCUAGCUACUUCGAGCUCGGAGUUCGUAGCGCCGCCAACCCCCGUGCUGCUGACCUGCAGAAAGCCUACGAUGAAUGGUUUGAGGUCAAUGACCUGGGUGUCUUGCUGUCUGAGCGGUUGACUUCCAAGGAGAGGCGCAAGAAGAGAAAGUCUGAGAAUUCCCCAAUUCCCUUCGAUCCCCAGCCCACGAAGAAACGAAAGUCAGCCCCCGAGCCAAUUGGUUUGAACACUCCCACGGCUCCGUCGAUUGCUGAUUACCUUGACCCACGUUUGGCUUACUCCUUCGAUGGCAUGCGUGAGGAGGACAUGAUCCCCCCUACUACGCCGGUUACUUGGACAGCUGUUAACAAUCAGAAGACCCGAGCGGGACCAACCCUCCGAUCGAUGCGAUUCUCAGCAGGCACAGAGCCGGAUGAGAGCAAGCUGGAGGCUGAAUCCCAAUUGGUAACCAGCAACCCCUCGAUGUACCCCGUCACGCCAACACAGCCUCGAAAGAAGAAGCACGCGGAAGACCUUUCAUGGAGUGUGGAUCAGGAAUCCCCUGACGCCGUUGCCGAAUCUACCCACCGAACCCGGGCAUCAGGCAAAGCUGCGAAGGGCAAGAAGACUGGAACACGGGCUGAUGAGAUUGCAAGACUCAAGGGAGUGUUCUGGCCAGGCAUGGAUUGUUUUGAUGCAGCCACAUCGCCAAUGCGCCGUCGCCGCAACCAGAAAAAGGAUGACACUGUGCUGAAGCAGAUGGAAGUUACUUCCUUGCUGGUGCAGCCCAGUGAACAGAUCUUCUCUCCCUCUGGUAGCCUCCUCGCAAAUCGUGUGAUCACUGGUAAUGUCGAAGAUUACAGCCCAUUGAAGGGAGAAACCCCAGUCCCUCGCCGUCGCCAGAUCCGUCCAAGAAACGCCUUGAUCGACCGUGACCCAAACGUGCCCCGCGCUUUGGACAGAAAGCGACAGAAGCUUGCCCCAUUGAAUGUACACCGCGAGUCAACCCCCGAUACCCCCUUCAAUGGAAACAGAUCACCCCUUCAUCGUGGCAUGGUGGACUCGUUUCCAACUAUUGGUGGCUAUGACGAGGAGCUUGAUAUGACUGUCAAUGCAUUUGGCAAGCGAGCCAGGGGGUGGGUUCGACACGAGGAUGGAAACAAACAACCCUACACCGGCCGGGGCAUGGACGAAGAACCAAAAGGACGCGUUGACACACUGACACCUACUCGCCUCCUGUUGAACAAAAAGCCAGCCGCUUCUGGAGUCCGCAAGUCAAAGGUCGCGAAAACAGCAGCUGACAAGGAGAACAUCGAACCUAUUUUGAACCCUCAUGGCCGAAUUGGCUUUGGUCUCGGUCGACAAGGCUGGCACUCUCCACUUGCCAAGCGUGCUACUGACCCCGGCAACUUUGGUCCCCAAUAUCUUGACGAGUCGUCAUUCUCUGGUCUCGGCGGCUCAUACAACAACAACAGCGACAAGACUGGGUACCAGUCAAACCCUUUGUUUGCCCCCAAGUCUUGUGCCUACGACAGCCCUUUCAAACAAGAGGACGAAGCAACCCACAAUGAUUGGUCGUCGACCGCACAGGCUCCUGCCUCCGAGGCAACCAUUCCGGAGGAAGAACAGCUCGAAUACCCUGGAGUUUACCUGAUCACUUCCGCCAACUAA